AUGUCUGGGAAUAAAUCUACACGAGCGCUGGUCAAUAAAUAUCUGAUGGAAACUCCAAUUCGAUAUAGACUGUUGGGAUGGAUGUUGCAAUCAACGCCCCCGGUGAAGACUACCAACUGCCGUUAUGGUAGCUGCAUUGAGGCGCUAUGCCGACAUCGGACUCUAACUGUGCAACUUUAUCGUCCAUCGCAUAUGAUCCCUGAUAUCUGGUGUUCAAAAGUAUUGAGGAAUGACUCAACUGUAACGGUGACGGCGGUGUUGGAAAGUGAUUUUUCGUCUAUAUCUAUAUCCUUGGAGCUCCUCCGACAUAACAUCGCCAAGAGCUUGAAGAAGUUGAGCAUAGCCGUGACACUACACAAUGAUUGGGGCCUCACUCUUUUCGAGGCGUUCGAAUGGAACCAAAUUGAGAUAACAAGCUUGGGCGCUGUUUACAUCAUGAAGACCCAGAGCGUGACUGGCCAAGCUGUCCCGGAGGCCCUAAUGGCCUACAACGCACUGGCAGGCCGGCACAAUGUCCUUUCUACCUAUGGUACCGUAGACAACGGAGCGUUGGCCUAUGGGCUGUCAUGGAUCCGAUAA